UUCAAAAAACCGCCUGCUAGGUUUCAAGCGACACAUGCCGCAAUGUUUACUACAUUUCACGUAACUCUCAAUUCGCUUCUUCGCUUCAUUUAAAUAAUAUGAAAUGUGUAAGUACGUUUACAAUCGCGAAAAAAGUACUUAGCAAAAGUCAGCGGUCUUUGAAACUCUACGAUCAGUGCAAACAUGAAUACUCAUCGAGCAAACAGGCGUUCGCAGAGAGUGAAAGUGACAAAGAAAAACAAAAUUUGCUCGAAAAUGAAACCAGAUACAAUGAGAUCAAUUUGCAAAUGUUAUCUAGAAAUUUAUAUCAACAGAUUUUUGGCAACGACUUUAACAGAGCUGAAUUCGACGAAAAUGCAGUGUUGUCGGUGAAAAAAGAUUUGGCUAAAUUUGAAAUAUCAACUUCCAAUUCAGAAAUUAUACCGGAUGUAAAUAUAACCAUUCCUCCACUUAAAGGGUCUAAUAUUGAAGAACACUUUAAAAAUAUAGCAAGAGAACAAGUUGAUCCAUACUUGAAUAUUAUUUUCAAUUUGCUGGGUAAUAUUCCUCCUAUGCCCAAAAAAUUUGUAUUCCAAGAAGGAUGGACCAAAUACUAUAACAAUACGUAUGAAUCUGUUGAUUAUCCUGAAGAAGAUGGAUUAAUUUAUGACGUUGAAGUUUGCGUAAAAAAUGGGCCAUUUCCAACCUUAGCUACUGCUGUUGGGAAUAACGCAUGGUAUAGUUGGUGUUCAAAACAGCUCAUAGACGGUGGGUCACAAAAUUUCAGUAAUAAAAUUGUUACACCAGAUUACUUAAUUCCUUUAGAAAGUUCUAAAAGUGAUAAAGGAACUUGUUUAAAUAACUUUCAAAAAACCCCAAAAAUAAUUGUUGGACAUAAUGUUUCCUAUGAUCGUGUUCGAACAAAAGAACAAUAUUGGUUGAAUGAGACUGCCACUAGAUUCUUGGAUACUAUGUCUUUACAUAUAUGCAUAAGUGGUUCAAGUAGUUAUCAAAGAACUAUUUUACAAUCUAAAAGUGCAGCAGAAGAAAAUCAUUAUUUACAUUCAAUUUCAUCUCUUAACAAUUUAGCUGAUGUUCACAAGCUUUACUGUAAAACUGAAAUAAACAAGGAAGAAAGAAAUAUUUUUGUAGAAGAAGAAAUUGAAGUUAUUAGAGAAAAAUUUCAAGAAUUAACACAUUACUGUGCAUCUGAUGUAAUUGCAACUCACAAUGUUUUGAAAAAAUUGUUUCCUAUGUUUCUUGAAAGAUUUCCUCAUCCAGCAACUUUAGCUGGAAUGUUAGAACUUGGCUCAGCAUAUUUACCAGUUAACUAUAAUUGGAAACGAUAUAUUGAAGAGGCCGAAACAACUUUUGAUGAUUUAAAUUUGGAAAGCAAAAGUUGUUUAUCCAGAAGAGCAGACCAAGUAUGUAGGUUGUUAUUAGAUGAACAAUACAAAGAAAAUCCUUGGAUGUGGGAUGAAGAUUGGUCGAUCAAAGAUCUUAAAAUGAAAAAAGGCUGUGAAAAAGUAUAUCUUAAACAAAAAGAAGAUUUAGCUACUUUAGAUAGGAAACCUAACAUAAUUGAAAAGUUUAAUUAUUUAGAGAAAACUAGAGAAUAUCUUCCCAAAAAAAAGUCUCAUUUGCCAGGUUACCCAAAUUGGUAUAGAAAAUUAUGCUACAAAGAUGAAGAAUGUGAAAUCAAGUUUCCCAAAGCUCAAAAAAUCAGUACUUCCAUGAAUGUGACACCAAAAAUUUUAAAUCUAUCAUGGAAAAAUUAUCCACUUCAUCACAUAAAAGAAUUUGGUUGGGGUUUUUUGGUGCCUUACAAAGCUGAAAGCUCUACUUCAAAAAUACCAUUGGAACAAAUAUUUCGGCAUUUAUCAAAUAAAAAUGUAUCUCCUGAAGAGCACAAUAAAUUGAUCAGAGAAACAAUUAUAAACAUUCAAGAAGAAAAAAAUUCUAAAGAAGUAUCUCGUCCAAGCUGGUUUCAACCAGCAAAACCAGAUGAUCAACCUGAUGCGAAUUUGGAUGAUUGUUGUUAUUUUUUCAAACUACCUCAUAAAGAUGGACUGUUUUUAAAUGUUGGCAAUCCUUUGGCUAAAGAUUUUAUCAACAAAUUUUUGGAAAAUGUUCUUACUGGAAUAGACGCGAGUGCCACAAGAAUUUUGGAAAUUUCAACAAUGUCUUCAUAUUGGAAAAAUAAUAGAGAUCGAAUUCUUUCUCAACUUGUAGUGUGGCUAGAUAGCAAAGAAAACUUCAUGAAUUCAAAAGUCAAGAAAAACCAUCAGACAAUUAAUUUCGGAGCAAUCAUUCCACAGGUCGUUGUAUCUGGUACUUUAACAAGAAGAGCAGUUGAACCCACGUGGAUGACGGCCUCAAACGCUCAGUACGAUAGGAUCGGUUCUGAAUUGCGAGCGAUGAUCAACGCCCCUGCAAACUACAAUAUCGUCGGAGCGGACGUGGAUAGUCAAGAGUUAUGGAUUGCCUCCGUGUUAGGGGACGCUUUUUCAACGGCAAAUAAAAUACAAGGAGGAACUCCAUUCAGCUGGAUGACCUUGAUAGGAGACAAAUCGAAACGCACCGAUAUGCACAGUGUCACCGCCAAAGCUAUCGGCAUCUCGCGAGAUCAAGCCAAGAUCAUCAACUACGCUAGAAUUUACGGCGCUGGUAAAAUAUUCGCCAAAAGAUUAUUGAAGCAGUUCAACCCCACGAUGAGCGACAAAGAGGCAAGUGAAAAGUCCAGUAAAAUGUUUCUCAUGACAAAAGGACAGAAAUAUUUUCGGCUCAAGGAAAAUUACAUUUCCGGCGCUUUCGGCGAUAGGCUCUACACACCCAGCGAAACAUUCAAAGUCGCGAAACUCUUGGGCAAAAACAGAGACGAAGUGUUCGAGCGUGGAAAAUGGACCGGUGGUACGGAGUCGGUGAUGUUUAACAGUCUCGAAGAAAUAGCAGCGGAAAAGCAUCCGGCGACGCCUUUUCUGAACUCGAGGCUCAGCAGAGCCUUGGAAAAGGAAUCGAACGAUACGUAUCUGCCGACGAAAAUCAACUGGGUGGUGCAAAGUUCGGCCGUGGACUUUCUUCACCUCAUCCUGGUGAACAUGCGCUGGCUAAUGGGCAGAAAUGCUCGGCUCUGCUUGACCUUUCACGACGAGGUUCGCUACCUGGUAGCGUCCAAGCACAAGUACAAUGCCGCCCUGGCUAUGCACGUGACAAAUCUGAUGGUUCGCUCGUUUUUCGUCUCGCGGCUUCAAAUGAAGGACUUGCCCAUGUCCGUGGCUUUUUUUACCGGCGUCGAGGUCGACUCGGCACUGAGGAAGGAAGCCUCCUCCGAUUGCAAAACCAUGUCGAAUCCGCAUGGACUCAAAGAGGGAUACGGCAUCGAGCCCGGCGAGAGCUUGAAUGUUUGGACUGCCAUUGAGAAGAGCAAAGGUUGCGUAGGUACCAUCAAUUUAGAUUCCAAAAAGUAAUGUUAAUUUUUCAAUGAUAGAUGCGUCCAUGCAAUAAAUGUUAUAUAUUUUUUUUUAAUAAAAUUUUAA